AUCCAAUCAAAUACUACGUUGUUUACGUAUUCCGGGAAAAAAAAUGACGGAAUGGAUGUCAUCAAAAGAAAUCAACAGCAGCUGACACGAAUCAUACUCGUUUUCUUUAUACAUUCAUCAGUUUUCUUGUCUGUUACUUCAGUCACACAAAGUUCAACAGAAAAACUAUCAUCUGUUAACACAGUCACAGAUUUACCUGAGAUUAAUGCCACUACAUCACAGAACACAUCUCCAGAUGGAAACUCGUCAUUGACAUACACUCCUACUGAAGUGUCAACUCCCACUCCCCAUGUGGUGCCCCUUAGAUGUCCAGAUGGGGCUCAGUGUCACUCACUAGGACCAGAAUGUCUCGAUUGCCAGUUCAAUUAUCACUGUACCUAUGGAGAUGAUACUUCUGUGAAUUGUACAGUGAAAGAGGGCGUAAAAUGCGUGGGCUCUAGGGAACAAAUAAGAAAAUUAAACUGCAGGUAUUGCUACCAGCUGCAUGAAUCCAAUUACACAUGCAGUAAAGUGAAUGCAACCUGUGCUGUGAGGGAUGCUCCACGCAAACGAUACGUGUCCCAGUGUCAGGUCAAGGAAAAUGUUUUUUGUCUAGGAAACAGGACUUUUCAAAAGCGAAAGUUUUGUAAUUGGACAAGUGGAUACAAGUGGUCAACAGCACUGGCUUUAAGUGUUACACUUGGAGGGUUUGGAGUGGACCGUUUUUACCUGGGCCAGUGGAAGGAGGCCCUGGGGAAGCUGUUUAGUUUCGGGGGUCUGGGGGUGUGGACAAUUGUGGACGUGAUUCUGAUUGCUGUAGGAUACAUAGGCCCUGCUGAUGGAUCUCUUUAUAUUUAAUCAUUGAUUAAUAUUGGUUUAUUACUGUUCUUUUCUCAUCCAUGGAGGGAUUUCAAAAAACACAACAGUUUAUCAGUUACAUGUAUGUUUCAGAAAUGUAGCUAAUUUGCUCAAAAUGCAUUUUUACUCCUUACAACUGUCAAAGAGUAAAAAUGUUACCUUUUAUACAUAUGGUAGUGAAUGUUUGUUGUUGUUUUUACUUUGAUUUUAAUAAAUUCAUAUGUCAGGUUGAUAUCUUGAAGGCUUUAAUUUAAGAAAAGCAUAAUUGAGUAAUGAAUCAGUUUUGUUGGAAAUGUUUAAGGUGUGAAUGUAUCAAGUAUCAGUUAUGUUAAGAGAGUGUAAAUAUGCUUUUUUUUGCAAUAUGAAUAAUAGUAAUGUGUACAUGAAAAUUGUAUUGAAAUGUCCAUUCAAA